UGUGACAUUCGCAGCAUGAAGCUAGUUUGUGACGAGCUAGCCGGAUAAAGAUGAUGAACUGAGGAAGGAAGUGGAGAAUACUUUUCCUUUUAGCACCUGAGCUGACUUUUCGCUUAGAUUUUCUCAUCGUUGCAACAUUACACGUGACAGUUUAUGUCAAAUGCAGCGUUAGGUAAAAACUUCCUGUCUUUCCAUACACGUUUAAUAGUAAGCUAAUGCGUUUUUCUUUUUUAAAAAAAAACUUACACAGUGAAUACACCGAGUUCUAGUGCAGGUCGUGUUCCGGUUUGCUGCACUGAGAUGUUGAUUUUAUGCAGAUAACAGGAGUGAAUUUGUUUUUUAUGUAUUUCAGUAUGGAUUUACGUUAAGCCGACUUGUCAAACUGAGCUUUGCACACAAGGUUACAAUUAGCUUUAGCCAACUAGCUCCUCACUCCCUUCUUGCUGCAGUUUUCUCGCUUCCCUAUGCUGAGUUGCCAGGACAGGUGUGCAGAAAGUAGGCCAGGUGUGUUGUGGGACAGAUAGGAAGCACUGUAACUUGACCACAGUGCUCGCAGAGUGUAGUACUACUUCAGGGAUUUUUGUGACUUAAGUGGAGCGAGAGGAGAAAGCAUGCUGCUCUCUUUGGUUGUGCACACAUACUCGCUGCGGUACUGGUUUCCUGCAACGAUCAUGCUGGGUACAGCUCCAGCUUAUCUGCUGUCAUGGGGAACUUGGCGCAUACUUUCAACGGUCCUGCCAGCGAGUUUGUAUCACAAGUUAGACGACCGGCUGUACUGCAUCUACCAGAGUAUGGUUUUAUUCUUCUUUGAAAACUACACAGGAGUCGAGAUAGUCAUAUAUGGCGAUAUACCAAAGAAUAAAGAGAACGUGAUCUACCUGUCAAAUCAUCAGUGUACAGCCGACUGGAUCAUUGCCGACAUGCUCUCCAUCAGACAGAGUGCUCUCGGUCACGUCAGGUACGUCCUUAAGGAUGGACUUAAGUGGCUCCCACUCUACGGAUGGUACUUCUCUCAGCACGGGGGAAUCUAUGUGAAACGAAGUUCAAAGUUUAAUGAAAGGGCGAUGAAGAAGAAGCUCCUCACUCAGACUCAGUGUGGAGCACCAAUGUACCUUGUCAUCUUCCCAGAGGGAACUCGGUAUAAUCCAGAGCUCAAGAAUGUUAUCGCUGACAGUCAGGCUUUUGCUUCGAAACAAGGGCUGGCCGUUCUGAAGCACACACUGACACCAAGAAUGAAAGCGUCUCACAUAGCCGUCGAGGCCAUGAAAGGCCACCUGGACGCCGUGUACGACAUCACUGUGGCCUACGAGGGAACGCUGGACGCGUCUGGUCGGAGAAAACCCGCACCGUCCAUGCCAGAAUUCCUGUGUAAAGAAUGUCCCCGCAUCCACAUACACUUUGACCGUGUGGACAUAAAGGAAGUUCCGUCAGAGCCGCUGUUUUUCCGCAGGUGGCUGCAUGAGCGGUUUGAAAUCAAGGACCGGCUGCUGACAGAUUUCUACGAGUCGCAGGAUUCGGACAAAAUCAGCAAGUUCCCCGGGGAGGGCAAGCCCUCUCCGCUGAAGCUCUCGAAAACCCUCCCUUCUGUGAUGAUCCUGGGGGGCCUGACACUGCCACUGCUGCUGACGGAGAACGGCAGGAAACUUUACGUGAGGACCUGGGUGUGCGGGACGGUGCUGGGCUGGCUGUGGGUGAGCGCCUUUCCUUAACGAACGCUGGGGGCCCGCCGGCUGCUGCAAACGAGAUGCACAAAAGACUCGGAGAUACAUUUUCCUGUAUCGCCCCAACGACACAAGGUUCGAUCCGGAUGCAGAGCGCCAUCUAAUAAGAGGCUCCGAGGUUCGUCUGUCCCACUGUUGACCGGAGAUACUGAAAAACGUUCAGCUUUUUGUGCUACUUGCUACUCCCUCGCAGAUUUGCAGCCUGAAACAACUAGAAAACAUGAGUGAAUUUGUUACGGAGUCAAAAAAUUACUCUUUGAUCUCUCUCUAAUAAAUACAAUUAUUAAAAAAUAAAUAAUAGCUAUAUACUUAUCUUUAAAUUAUCCCCCUCUCAUCAAAUUUUGCCAAACUAUUAUUCCUGCAUGCUGUUUACUUCCAUAAGUCAUCAGCCAGUUUCAGAGCUCUUUACUAAAACACAACUAAUGAUCAUCAUCGUAGGCUGCUGCCUCUUAACACGAGCCUACAUGCGGUGGAUCAUUUAUUAAUAUUAAUCAUAAAUUAUUAGGUGCACUGACUCACAGGUAUCGGUUGUGAUGUCUGUUUCUUAUGCCAAGUCCCAUAUCAGGAGGUUUAUGCACUUUUCCCGUGUAAAGAAAUGUUUUGUUUUUUUUCCAUUGGUAGAACAAAAAACAAAACAAAAGAAAAAACAAGACACCAGCUGCAUUGUUUACCAUUAAUUCUCAUUCUCUUUGUUUUAUAAUGACAAUGAAUGUAGCUGCUCAAAAGAAAAGAGAAAACAUGUUCGUUGUAUGUGUGAAAGACCUCCACGCAAAUAUCCGUAAGUAUACAAUCUGUUGAACAUUUUUGACUUAGGUUCUCGUCACUUAAUGUUAGCAGUCGUUCUACCAAUGCAAAAUAUUACUUAAAAAAAUGUCAGUCGUUGCCAAAAUCGGGUGUAUUUGCCACGGCGUCAUGUUGAGUGUUGAGUGUUUUACGUUAAGCAAUACUCGUUUCAUUUCCAGCCCUGAUGACAGCAAAGAAACUUAAUGUCUGUUCGUUUCUCUGGAUGAAAAUAAUUAUAAUUUGUUUUUUUAUAUAUAUAAAUAUAUAUAUAAAUAUGUAAUGAGUUACAAAGUAUCAUAACUUUUAUAUGCAUUUGUUACUUUGAAUACCAAGUUACAGUUCACAUAAAAGUAUCUACCUAAUAAAAAGCUGACUAAGCCAUGAUAACAGUAUAUCGCAGGUACCUGUGCACUCAAAGCCAUUUGUAUUAUAAACAUCACUGUAUUGUGAAAUGCACUGUAUGUCCAUUGUUGUCGUUUACUGUAAUGAAACCGUUGCGUUUUCCACGAGUCACUUUACAUCCUGGCCGUCUCGUCCGCCCCUAGAGUUAGUCCGAGAUAUGUUUUCCUCACGUGAAUAUUACAGUAACCUCAUGGUUUUUACAUGUCGCUUCAAUACCUCACUUGAAUAAUCCUUCCUUGUUCUUAAAUGACCCUUGUCAGCCAUUUUAUAGUCAUUUUUAUCCUGACAAGCUCAGACUGUAACUCAUCAGGAAUCUCUGUGUAGACAGUAUUUAAAUGCCGUUUCUGGAAACGCGUGCCUUCUCUCGGGAGGAGUCGGCCCUCGGCCGUCUCACAGAGGGCCGCAGGGGCCCUUUUCCACCAGGUGACUGCAUGGAGGCUCUCUGCUGGAGCUGCUGUUUGCUGCAGCCUGCGGCCACGGUGUCUACAGCUCAUAGUGGCUUAUUUGGCUCCAAGAAUGCAUUGAUUUACACUUUUUGAGGACUAUUAUUAAAUGAUGAAACCUUUAAUGUGUGUGAGGUAUGGAAAUGGGAGUUCAGAGUGAAAUAAACUGGUUUUCAUUGGGAA